ACCACUCUCCUCAACUCCACCAACUCCCGAUCUAGCAAGGUCAAAACCCUAGUACGCUAACUCCGGCGGCCGCCGUCCCCCUCACGAGCGACGCGACCUCCACCCAUCCCCUCAAGCGAGGCCCAACAAUGGCUCCGCGGCGGAGCGGCGUGGCCCGGCGGAUGGAUGCCGCGAUCGACCACUUCGGCCAGAUGGGCUACCGCAAGGCCGAUGUCUGCAGCGUCGUCAACAAACUGCUCAAGGUGUAUGGGAAGGAUGGGUGGUCGUUCCUGGAGGACGGUUGCUACCUCGUGGUGCAGGAAGCACUCUUUGAGAUGCAGGAGGAGGAGGAGAAGUUGCAGCUGCAGGUGUUGCCGGAGCAGCAGCUGGAGCAGUAUGAGGAUGAUGAUGGUGGUCGUGAUGAGGAGGAGGAAGCUCAGCUGGAGGAGGAGGAGAAGUUGCAGCUGCAGGUGUUGCAGGAGCAGCAGCUGGAGCAGCAUGAGGAUGAUUAUGGUGGUGGUGAUUAUGAGGAGGAAGCUCAGCUGGAGCUGCUGCAGGCGGGGGUGGAGGAGGAUCAGCCUCUAGAGCUGAUGCAGGCAGAGAAGGAGGAGGAUGAGCCUCUGCAAUUAGAGGAGCCGCAGCAGGAGGAGGUGGAGGAGAAGAAUGAGGCGCAGCAAUUGGAGGGGCCGCAACAGGAGGAGGUGGAGGAGAACGAUGAGGCGCAGCCAGAAGAAGCAGCAAUGUUAGAUUCACCGUUAGAAAAUAUCAUGCCCAUUCUGAUGGUUCUCAUUGACGACGAGGAGGAAACUCAGCUGGGGCUGCAGCAGGACAAUGAGAAUGAAGAGGCUCAUCAACAAGAAGCAGAAAUGAUGGAGGAGCCUUUAGAAGAUUUCAUUCCCAUUGCGAUUGUACCACCAUCUGAGGCUGUGCUAGCAGUUGAGCAGACAGAGGAAGUGGUCCCCAUGCUCGUUGACCCGCCUUCUCCCAGAGCGGCGUCGCCAGAUCUGGCAUCUGCAGGAAGUAAGCGCACAAGGCGCCCCUCCUACGGAUGGAUCUCUGACUCCGAGAGUGACUCAGAUUAUGAGGAAUAUCUCGCACAUUGACAACAACAGGUGCACGUCCCUGCCAAGUAGACAGGAUAGAGGGGGUUGAUACAAUGCGAAAGCAGGAGAACCGGUCUAAUCUGUAGAAUUUACAAUGGCCCAUGAAUGAGCUCUGGAGCAGACACUUUGAAUGAUAGGCGCUGCUCCCAUGGGGUAUGUAAGAACAACAUAUAUGGGUGCUUCUGAUUGUAAUUAGGCCGGAAGACUAAUGUGUUUGUAACUUUGUAUGUGUGGCUUCGUCAUCAAUGUUUGUUUGUAUAAAUUGUGACUUUCUUAGAUUGGCCUGGCUGAAUUUGUGUGAAUCAAUGUGGUUUGUUGUUUC